UUCUUCCUACCUUAGAAAAAUAGGCAAAACAAUGGAGAAAGGUAAUCCACCGCCAUAUCCGGCAUAUCCGUCUCUGCCACCAGAAUCGCCACCAAUGCAAGCAACUCAAGCAUUUAUUCCGCCGCCCCUUGGGCCUGACCCUUCUAACACAAUAUGUCACAACUGUCGUGCCCAUAUCAGAACAACGGUGACCACGCAGGCCAAUACGAAGACACAUUUAUUCGCAUUCUUGUGUUGUCUUGCUGGGUGUUGGUUAUGUUGUUGCAUUCCAUACUGUGUAGAUUCGUGUAUGUCUAAAAGACACGAAUGCCCGGAAUGUCACGCGUUCCUUGGUGAAUAUCAAGGUUAGAACAAUAUUUGUGCAGGUUUCCGGUGAAAACUUUUCACAUGUUCAAAUUCCAUAUCAUGCCAACACUUUUAUUGAUUUAAUGCACAUAUUUUUUUAAAAUAAUUUAACCAAUUGCUUACAUACUUAAUAAUAAUUAUAUGAAAUUAAAUGAAAAUAUAAUAUUUAUAAUG